GACGUUAUAUAGGUUAGGCUGCUACGUUCUUCAUACCAGCCUGGAAAGGUAGUUUUGAAUCAGACGAAUGUCGGAGCCCUUUAUCGCUAGUUGAAGCAGUUAGAUAGUAUGUGUCCCAGGAAGCGAUGGAUCCCUGCAGAGCUUCGAAACAUGAUGCUGGUUCGCACUAUUAUCCUCGUAACACCUGGGGACUUCACAGCAGUAUGGCUGUUUUACAAGUGGGUGCUGCUGCACAGGCUAACCACGAGACCACAACCUCUUCAUAGAUCACAGCAGCCAACGGUUCAACAACUGAAAAUUCAGUCACAGUAUUAGUAUUCCAGCUUCUAGACAAGGCGUUGCUAUUAA